GGAUGUCAUAUGACGCAUACGUCACGGUCUACAGCCACCGACUACUAAAGACAUUUGCCCAGCCCCACAGGAAGAGUGAGAUGAAAUGAACGAGGGUAAUAUUGGACGUAGAUUAGGAGCAUGCCACUUGGAAUCCGGAAUUGCCUUGAGAAUAAAGAACGUUGAUCCCGAGAUGUACAGUGACGAGAUAAUAGACGCGGUUGGGGGAAUGUCCCGCUUCCAGAUUAUGAUUAUUGGUUUCGCCCUCGGUCCCAAGACUAUCACAGCAUGGGGGAUGUUGAUGAUGUCGUUCGCAGGCGUUACUCCCGACAAGUGGUGGUGCACAGACAGUCAUGUUGCUACGAAUGUCAGCGAGUACACUGGCCUAAAGGAGUGUCCGGCACCAGACAACCAUACCACCUGUACUUUUGUGUACAGCCAGGAGAAGGACACGGUCAUCAAUGAGUGGAACCUGCUGUGUGACAUGAAGGGCAUCAAGCCAUUAAUUACUGCAAUACAGAUGACAGGGGUGCUGAUUGGGGCGUUCCUCAGUGGCCAGUCUGCUGAUGUGAUCGGGAGAAAGAAGACAUUGUACGUCUCACUGUUCCUGCAUGGAGGAUUCAACUUGGUGGCAGCGUUUUCAGUGUCGUGGGAGAUGUUCAUCGUACUGAGAUUUUGCAUUGGAUUGAUGGUCGGUGCGGUGUUGGUGGUUAGCUUCCCUUACCCCAUGGAGUUUGUAGGCUUACGGUGGCGCCCGGUCACCAUCUCCAUUCCUUUCUGGGCUGGUGGGUCCGCCCUGCUGGCCUUGACGUGUUGGCUGCGGCCAAACUGGUCAGAUCUGCACAUCAUCUUGGCAGCCCUGCACAUCCCAUUCUUCCUUGGAUACAUAUUUGUGCCAGAAAGUUUGCGUUGGCUUGCAGUUCAUGGCAAGCUGACGGAGGCCGAGAAGGUGGUGGAUCAAAUGGCUCGGUACAAUAGAACACAGAAGCCAGCAAACACCGCAAUUCUUCUGAGGAAACUGGCAGAAGAGGAAAAGAGUGGUAGAAAUUCCAAUCGGAAAUACAACUAUUCGGACAUAUACCGAGGCUGGGGUAUGUGUCGUGUAUCGCUGGUCCAUCAGGUUGUGUGGAUGAUCAUGUCUUUCACAUACUACGGGAUCUCCUUUGGGGUAGGGCGCUUGACCGGAAACCUCUACCUCAACAUGUUCCUUGUGUCCAUGGUGUCUGUACCGAGCAACGUUCUGGCAUUUUUCAUGAACAACAGGAUUGGGCGUCGAUGGACAGGAUUCUCCUUCUUCCUACUGGCAACGUGUGGUGCUUUUGGCGUCGCCAUUGUAUCACGUUUUGUAGCCUCUGAAAGUACUCGUGGUGCUGCUAUCGUAACCCUGGCGCUGAUCUGUAGACUUGGGGUCGCCUCAGCCUGGUCGUGUUUCCUGGUGUUCACCAGUGAAUCCUACCCGACAGUCAUCAGAAACUUGGGCUAUGGCGCGGCCAACACUGCUGCUCGUGUUGGUGGCAUUGUGUCGCCCUAUGCAUUCGCUGUGGGAGGUGAUGAUCUUCUGCUCCCGUUUGUCAUUGUGGGAUCCUUGAUGUUCGUCUGCUCCAUACUGUCGCUGUUGAGCCCCGAGACUAUGGGCCUUCCGCUGGCGGACACAACAGUGGAGUCUUCAGGGAAAUCAAACACUACGGAAACAGCCACGGAUAAGAAAGUUCAUUCAGAGGAACAACUAAAUGAAAUCAAACUGAACAAAUAUAUUCGCGACUGAUAAUCCUUCCCAUCUUCUAAAUUUGGCAAAUGUGAAACGACGACUUGUAACUGAAAUAAAACACACAUGUAGCCUAAAAUUAAAUACAUAAGCUGUC